AUGGCGCAGGUGCUGCACAUGGAUUCCAGCUUCCCCGGGAAGCCCACCCCGACCUCCCCCGCCGCCUUCGGGGCCCAGGAGCCGCCCCUGCCCUACUCGGUGGAGACGCCGUACGGCUACCGCCUCGACCUGGACUUCCUGAAGUACGUGGACGACAUUGAGAAAGGCAACACCAUCCGGCGGGUCCCGGUGCACCGGCGGCCCCGCUACGGCUCCCUGCCCCGCGGCGCCGGCUCCUGGUGGACAUCCACCGAGUCGCUCUGCUCCAACGCCAGCCUGGACAGCCGCCACUCCUCCUACUCCUACUGCGCCCCCGGCUUCUACCCCCAGUGCGGGACGGGCGCCUUCAACGCCCGCGUGGAGAAGACCCUGCUGGACGCCCGCAAGAAGCUGGAGGACCAGGCGGGCGACCGGGCCGGGCCGGGGGGCUUGGGCAGCCUCCACAGCAGCGUCUCGGGCUCCACCAGCUCCCUGGUGGGCGGGCAGCCCCCGGGCAGGCUGAACGGCUCGCAGGCUGGGUUCACCCCACUGAGCUCGGGGCUGUCCACGCCCGUGUCCCCCAGCCCCGGGCACCUGCAGCACGUGCGGGAGCAGAUGGCCGUGGCGCUGAAGAAGUUGCGGCAGCUGGAGGAGCAGGUGAAGAUCAUCCCGGUGCUGCAGGUGAAGAUCUCGGUGCUGCAGGAGGAGAAGCGACAGCUCAGCGUCCAGCUGAAGAGCCAGAAGUUCCUGGGCCACCCGGGCGGGUUUGGGAAGGGCAAAGGCAGGGGCGAGCUCUACAUCGAGAUCCCGGAGGAGGAAGGGGGCGGAGGCGGGGCGGGGGUCACCUCGCCGCUGGGGGGCAGCCGGAGGCCGGAUUCGGGGGGCGGCACGGAGGGCUCGGCCCCCGUGAGCCCCCCGCCGGCGGCAGAGCGGAGGGAGGUGAGGUCGGUGGGGGUGGGGACGUCGGAGCCGGGGGACAGGCGGAGCGUGGCGGUGGGGGUGAGCGAGGAGGAGCUGGCGCCGGAGGGGCAGCGCCAGGCCGCGCUGGAGAAGCAGCUGCAGAAGACUCUCCGGGAGCUGCAGGGGGCCCAGCAGAAGCUGGCGGCGCCGGGCACGGCCGGGCAGGAGGGGGCCGCGGGGCCGCGGCGGGCGGAGGGACGCCCCGGCUGGCAGCAGCAGGAGGUGCCCGUCAAGGCGGACACGGUCAAGGUGGUCCAGGUGCAGCGGGAGCCGGAGAUCGCCGCCAGCACGGCCACGGGCGUGGCCCACCGGCCGCAGCGGGCGCAGAGCUUGGAGAGUAAGGAGCCCUACGCCAGCCUGCGGGCCCUGACGCUGGGGGAGCCGCCCCAGGCCGUGGUGGUGGAGACGGCCUUCCCCGUCCACGCCGCUGCGCCCCACGCCGCCCCCGUCCACGGCGUCAAGAAGAUCAGCAUCGCGGUCGAACCUGGCGGGGAGGAGACGGGCCCGGGCGGUGGAGCCUCCCCAGCCUCAGCUCAGGGGGGCGUCAGAUCUGGCACGAAGAGGCAGGAGGAGGCCCCGGAGCUGGUGGGCAAGAAAAGUCUCCAGUUUGUGGGCGUCAACGGCGGGUACGAGUCCACCUCCUCGGGCUCCAGCACGGCCGAGAACUCCGCCGAGAACUCCUCCGACAACGAGAGCACAGAGAGCGAGUACCAUGAGGCCAGCGAGGGGCCCCUGGCGGGGCAGACAGAGACCCCCAGGCCCCCGGCGAUGGCCCCCCAGAGAGUCCCUGCGGACAGCGACACGGCGACAGCAGGGGAACCCCCCAGAGCGGCACCAGGGAGCGGCACUGGGACAGGACUCAGCCCGGAGCUGUUAGCGGCCUGUGAAACCCUGCAGAAGUACCUGGAGAGCCCGGACAUGCUCAUGGACAAGGAGAUGAAGGCCGCCUACACCCUGGUGCUGCAGGACUGGUUGCAGCUGUCGUGCCACAGGGAGGCCGCCCCCGAGGCCGUGGGGGGGCGCCUGGCCGCAUACCGCUCCCUCUCGCCCCGGCUGCUGGAGUUCGUCCUCAACAUGGCGGACGGGAACGGGAACACAGCGCUGCACUACACCGUCUCGCACUCCAACUUCCCCGUGGUGCAGCGCCUCCUGGAGACCGGCCUGUGCAACGUGGACAAGCAGAACAAAGCGGGCUACACAGCCAUCAUGCUGACGGCGCUGGCCGCCACCCGCUCCGACGACGACAUGGCCAUCAUCCGGCAGCUGCUGCAGCUGGGGGACGUCAACGCCAAGGCCAGCCAGGCCGGGCAGACGGCCCUGAUGCUGGCCGUGAGCCACGGGCGCCAGGACAUGGUGCGGGCUCUGCUGGCCUGCGCGGCCGACGUGAACCUGCAGGACGCCGACGGCUCGACGGCCCUGAUGUGCGCCUGCGAACACGGGCACGCCGAGAUCGCCCGCCUGCUGCUGGCCACGCCCGCCUGCCACGUGGGCCUGGCCGACCACGACGGCAGCACGGCCCUGUCCAUCGCGCUGGAGGCCGGGCAGAACGACAUCGCCGUCAUGCUGUACGCCCACCUGAACUUCGCCAAGCCGCCCUCCCCGGGGACCCCAAAGCAGCCGAAAGCCGAGACCGCAGCAGCCGUCCUGCCCCCCGAGGCUCAGUAG